AUAAUUGUUAUUAAUUAAUAAUUAUUAUCAUGCGGUGUUUAUUAAAAACGUUGCGCGUUUCAUAAUUAGUUAUUAUUGGUAUAGAUUAGGCAUCGCGUUGAGAGUUGACAGAGUUCAGUUCACUCGUGUGCAUUGAGUAUUCGGCUGAAAUAUUUUAGUUUUUUUUUUUGUAACUUGAUUUGUAAUAAGAUGUGACAUUUUCACCAAUGAUAUUAUUAAAAUUAUGAAUGAAACGAACGUAGUUAAUGUAGACGUAUUGACAAAACGAUUCGAAUCUUUUCAAAGUUCUAAGAAACCCGGACUGGAUGACAAGAGACGACACGAAAAUAAUGCGAACAAAAGAAUUAUUAAAAGAACUCCCGCGUUCAGACGGGAUGUAAAUAUUUCGAGAAAACUAGUAGUGGAUCAUUCACAAGCCGUGGUGGUAACUAACAAUGUGAAACAAUUUAGUAAUAUAAUUAUUUCAAGCACUAAUGAGUGUAAAAAAAUCACACCUACUGAUUCUCAUGGUUAUAAUAAGACUGACAGUUUAAAUCAAAAACUAUACCUAGACACAUUUGCAAAUGAUGAUAAAAAUAAACUUGUAACUGACCAAAAAUCUCUUAUAAAUUGUUUGAAAAAGAAACUAGAAAAUAAUAAUACUACUAGUUGUAAACAAAAAGUACUAAAAAAAAAUAUUGAACUUCCUCUAAAAGCACAUUUACCGAUUGGUCCGCCUCCUAAAAAGCCACCAAGAACAUUUGCUCAUGAUAAACAAUUAGAUUUAGAUCUUCCUAAUAAUUAUACAAUGGAAUCUCAUCAAAUUUCCAAGUCUGAUCCAAAAGCUAUGUUGGAAAAGCUAGAAAUGUUUAUAACUAAAAAUUCUCAUACAUAUGGACCAAAAAAUGAAAAUACUACUGGACAAGAUUGUAAUUCAAAUAUAAGUUCUAAGAAAUCUAAUUUAUUCAAUUUAGCAAAGUCUUUAAAUUGUUUGGAAAAUGAUAAAGUGUAUGGUAAUUCAUUAAAAAUACAUCAUACAGAUGAACAGAAUUAUUUAACUAGAAAAUCAUAUAAUGAAAAUGAUACAGAACAUAUAUAUGAUGAACCAAUAUUCCUAAAGCCUAAUUCAAGGCUAAACAUUGAUAGUGUUCAUAAUUGUAAUACGCUUAGUAAUGAUCGGGUUUGUGAUUCUGAUAAAUCCAAUCUACAUUAUAUGUCCACACCAAUUAAAGAUUACAAUUCUGAAAUUAAUUUGAAAGAAUCUGAACCAUAUUUUCAAAUCGAUACUACAGAUGGAAUUGAUUCAAAAACAAAUAAAAAUAUGACUAUGAGUCAUAAGAGAAAAAUUCAAAUGUUAAUGAAUGAAGCUUACGGUACAUUUGUUAAAACUCAAGAUGAAAGUGACUCAGAGUCAAUUUCUAAUUGUGAAAACAGUUCUAGUGGUUCAAUAAAUAAUCUAACGGAUAAGAAUAUAAGUGAACAAACUUUAGAGCGUAAAGGGUAUUUACGUAGAGUAGCUAAAAAAGUAGCAACAUCAACAUGUUCAACUAUUAUUCAUGAUAAAAAUCAUCUAUUUCAAGCACUUCUAUUAAUUGGACUAGAUUUAAGUUCAACCAAAGAAAAAUUACCUUAUAUAAAACAUAAAUAUCCUGUACAAGCUGAAAUUCCAAAACAAUUUGAGAAUUUAUGUUUUCCUGACGCACACGUUUGGCCAUUUACUGCGGAUGAUUGUAGAACAUAUUCAUUAACUGUUACUGAUGAAAAUGGUCGUCGUAAUUAUGGGUACUGUUAUAGAGUACAGCCUGAAGGAGCUGCCUAUUGUUUACCAUUGGUGUAUUGUAUAUAUUCUUCAAUUAAAGCCAACAGUUUUUAUUUUAAGAUAUUACAAGAAAUUGAAUCAAGACAUGGUUUAUCUGAAUUCAAUAUGAAAAUGUUUAUAAAAUUACUAUAUGACCAGCCAUUUCCAGAACUCGGUUCUACAAUUUAUAUUCCUCUUGAACCUGCAAAUUACAGUACUGAGCAUUCUAAUAAUGGAGAACUUCUUAUACCAUUUGAUAUUCAACGUGAUCAAGAUGAUCUACUAAAACUUUUACACAUUAUUAAACCAAAUACAUUUAUACAAAUGUUAGCUACAAUGUUAUUAGAAAGAAAAUUAAUUCUUCUCAGCAAAUCUAUAAGUUUAUUAUCAAGUAGUAUUGAAGCUCUUACAUCUUCCUUAUAUCCAUUUUCUUGGCAACAUACUCUUGUAUCAGUUCUUCCUUCUCAAAUGGUAUCUGUUGCUGAUUUUGUUCAAGCUCCAACGCCAUAUAUCAUUGGUUUGUUGAAAACAGAAAAUCAAUCAGAUAUUUUCUCUCAAUUGAGUGAGAAUGAUCAAGUUUUCAUUUUUGAUUUGGAUGCUAACAAAACAUUGCGUAAAGUAAAAGAUGAAUAUAGUGUCCUACCAUCAAGAAUUGCAAAAGGUUUGAAAAAUGUUAUUGGGUUAAAGGUGGAGUUAGACCAAUCAACUAAGGCAGUUCUAGCAUCAGAGUCUCUUAUAAGAUUGUUUGUGGAACUAGUUGGUCAUUAUAAAUCUUUUAUUCUACCAAAUUCAGAAAAUAAAAAUCAUUUUCAGAAACAAUUUUUCAUUGAUGCUGGUAUUAAUACUGCACAUAGAAAUUUUUUGGAAUGGUUUACAGAAACAGCUAUGUUCACAACAUUUCUAAAUAAUAAAAUGCAUAGCAAUAUUGACAAAAAAGACGUAUUUGAGUGUAGAUGUGAUGAAUUUUCUAGCGAGCUCAAUAAAAUUAAACGUAAAUCAAAAACUCUUCAGUCAAUGAAGGCAAUAGGUGAUCGGAUUAAAGAAUGGGCAGUUUCAUGAAUCAAUUGAUACUAUUUAAUUAACUGCUUAAUAUCUAAUUUAUAUUUAUAAAUUUUAAUUUAAUAUAAUUAUAUAUAUUAACCAAAGAUCAAGAUUUUCUAAAAAACCGUUAUAUAUUUAAGAAAAAUAAAAACA